AGGGGGUAAAUUCGUUGCUCAGGGGGGGGUAUUUUGUACCCUGGACCCCCUGGUCAGAAUCUAUGCAUGCAACAUCUCCAAUCUCGAAUGGUUUGAAGAUAUCUUAUACUAUGUUUGUGGCAAUACAUUGUAUUCAUUCAAUCGAACCACAAACAAUACCCAAAAGUUGGACGUCAAAGGCUCAGUUCAAGCGAUUGCUGUUGAUUGGAUCGGUCGUCAUUUAUAUUGGUUCAAUCCAUUACAUCAGGUGCUCACUCGUGACAAUCUCAUCAAUUUCAAACCAGAAAUUUUAUUCCCAUUGACUGCCGUUGAAGUUGACAUUAAAAUCGAUGCGAUUCGAGGCUAUUUGUACUUUUCAACUGGAAAUUCGGUGGAAUAUUGUCGUUUAAAUUGCAACGAUAAAAACCGAAAAAAAUUCUAUUCCAUUGAAUCGUUUACUGGACGAAAAGUGAUGGGUUUGACAUUAGAUUUUGAUAUAAAUCGAGUUUAUUGGAUUAUUUGCGGUUAUGAGUCAGCAACGUUGGCGAUUGCACCAUUGAUUUAUGAUGAAUUCAGCGCCGUUGUGAUAGAAGAAUUUACAUUGACCGAAAAUAAAAUUCUGGGACCAUUGGCAUAUCUGAGCAAUCGAUUAAUGUGGCUUCAAGAUGAUCAUACGGCUGUUAUUGGCAAUUUGACGGGCAAAAAUUUGGCGCACAUUCAAAAUAUUGAAUUGAGCGAUUUGAGAUCGUUUCUAGUCAUCGAUAAGACACAACGAAGCAUUCUCGAUUCGGAUGUACCAUUGAAUGUUAUUCCUGAAGCGGUGAAUGCAUCGACCAUUCAAGUGAUUGGUAAAUGGAAUUUCUUUAAAAUCAUUUGGCAACCAAUCGAAACGGUGAAUUACGGUGAAGUUUUUUAUGAAAUUCGAUAUUUGAAUCAAACAGUCGUUGAAAAAAGUCCGUUCGUCGAAAUGAAGGGUGAUAAAAUACCAGCUUACAGCCAAUUGAAUGUCACAAUUAAGGCGUUUACAUACUGGGCAUCAUCGGUGGCAGUUGAGAAAAUUGUGUAUUCACCAUCGGCACCGCCAUCCGAACCAUUGGAACCACGUAUUUUUGUCAAGCACAUCCAUAAUCUACUUAAAGAUGAUUUGGACAUUGAAGUGGUUUUCCGAUGGAAUAAGCCCAAAGCAACGAAUGGACCAUUAAUUGGCUAUAAAAUACGAUGUUGGUACGAAAAAGACAAUAUCCGUCACGAGAAGUACAAUGAUUACGAAAUGCAACCCGAAAAAAAUGAGGAAUACAUCGAAACAGUGGAGAAAAAUACCACAUUCUACUGUAAAGUAAGAGCCGAAACACUUGCCGGCGUUGGAAAUUAUUCAUCAUUGAUAAGUAUCAAUACGCAAAAUGAGAAGCCAAUUCCGCAACUUUUUGCCGCCAGUAAUGAUAAAAUUUAUGUCGUUGACUUUGAUUUAAAGCUCCAUAAAUCAAUUGUAAAUGCCGGCAGCAAAGUGGAACAUUUGUGCUACAUUGCAUUGAACAAAGAGUUCUUUUGGACCAAUGAAAACAAUGAACUAAUGGCAUUCAGCCGAGACGGUCGCAAGAAAUUGUAUUCGAUGAAUAAACCGGUGCUAUCAUUGACAGUUGAUUGGAUCGAACGAAUUGUCUACUGGUCACAAUCCGAAUCCAAAGGCAGUUCGAUUAAUUCGUUCAAUUUAAACACGCAAAAAUCGAAUCGCAUUCUCAAAUCACCGCAUUUUAUCAUCAAUUUGAAUGUAGCACCAUUAAACCGUCAACUCUUUUGGAUCGACAGUGAGUCGCAUAUUUCAACUCGCGGCAAAUUGGUUUCACUUCAUUUAGACGACGAACAAUCAUUGGCAUUUCUUGAUUCGAAAAAUGAAUCGAUUUUUGUGACACAACAAACAUUAUUUCUUGAUACAUUCACGGUAGACCACGAAAAAGUGGUGUGGCUCAGUGAUAUCAAUCAAUUGAUAUCAACCGAUAUUCGAACAAGAGCGUCAACUGUCGUCAAUUUUACAUAUCAACCGAACAUGAUGAAUUUUAAUCGCGAUAGUGCUCGCAUUUAUUGGACACAGAAUAACAUCACCUUUGCCGAAAAUCAAUUGGAACAAGCACCGUACAAGCACACUUUCUUCUAUCCAAUGAAAAUUUUACCGAUUUUUCGACAGAAUUAUCCACCGAUUCGUUGUUUGCUGCCGCCAAAAGACUUUUAUUCGAAGGAAAAACUUGUCGUUAAUAAAUCCACUGAUCGAACACUGUGGCUUAAUUUACCAGUGCCAAAAGGUGUCGAUAGCUGCUCAUUCGUACCAAUGUUUUGGAAAUUUAGAAUCAUGUACGCCGAAUUGGAAAUUGAAGAGUCACAAAUUUGUUCGGUAAAUACAUGUAAUUCGCCUGAAACAAGUGAUAAAUUGAUUGAAAUCAACAAUCUUAAGCCGUUUACCAAAUAUCAAUUUCAAAUAGGCAUAAGCAAUUUCUACACAGAAUAUUUGCACAUGAGCCUAAAUUUUACACGGCCUUUGGUGUUCCAAACGGAAAUCGGUGCACCGUCGAGUCCGAGAAAUGUUACGACAAAAAUGUUGAGUCCAACUGAAAUCUAUCUUAGUUGGUUGCCACCGCUUGAGAUCAACGGGCCGGAAAUUCAGUAUGAGGUUCACUAUUCCACCGAAAAUGAAAUCAACGGAAAGAAAAAUCACGUUAAAAUGACUGUCAAAGGUGAAAACGUAACGUCAAUUACCAUAAAUGAAUUGCUGCCAAAUCAGCCGUACAUCGUAUGGGUUCAAGCGCACACAACUGAAAUGCUGUACAGUGAAAGUCCUCAUAUAAAAAUUAAAACACUGCCCAACCCAGAAAUGAUUCAAUUAAUUUCGUCAACAUCGAAAUCUUUGACGGUUGCAUGGGAACCCUACGUACACGCUUCAAAAUAUAUGAUGUUUUGUCGUCCAAUCGAAUGCAAUGAUUCGUUUGCUGAUCUCAUUCUUGAUUCUGCGCACGAAGUGAAUAGUACGAAUAUCCAACGAAGUGGGCACAAAGUGACCCUUUUAAAAUUGCAUCCAAAAUCUCAGUACAUUUUUUGGUUACAAUUUUGGUUUAAAAAUCGCAUUGAUCCAUAUACUUGGCCGCAAAAGGAGCGUUUUGUGUUUAAAACGUAUACGGAUCGACCGAUUGCACCAGGCAAGCCUAGCAUUAUGAUUCGAAACAAUAAGUAUGAGAUAAUCUGGGCACCGGCCGAAAGUAAUGACUCCAAAAUCGAAGAAUAUUGCUUAGAAGGUCUUCGAAUGCGUGGUCUUAAUCAAGCCGGCCAUUCAACCAAUUCGAUUGAAAAAAUUAGUCAAGGAAAUACUUUAAUGGAGCUGCGACAGACGUUUAAUGAAUCAGAACCAAUCGCAGACUCAUGGGUCGUUUACUACAAAGGCAAUGAUACAUUUUGGAAAGUGGAAGGCUUGAACGACAUUGCAAUGUAUUCGUUCCGAGUAAAAGCACAAAAUGCGAAUGGUUGGGGCGAAUAUAGUGCACUGAGCGGACGAAUCACAGAUAUUCAACCGCUUUCAACAAAUAGUGAACAACUUGUGAUUGCUGUAGCCGCACCAGCAUUGAUUGCCAUUUUAAUUGUAACAGUUUGGUGCUUUACUUGGCGACGAAAGCGAUUGUACAAUCUUCAAGGGGAAAGUAGUGGCUACAGGUCUUAUGCAAUGCUGUCAUUAACAGCCUGUCAACAUUAUAUGGGUCAACAAAACAACCAGAAUCAUCACCACUAACCAUAGAAAUGAGUCAAGUAUAACGGAAUUCAAUCUCUAUUUCAAAAUCAGUUUCACCGCAAAUAGCACCUGUCAACUCGGUUCUAGAUAAGAAAUGUUAAGUGGCAAGAACAACAUCAUACAUUAAUAACAGAAGUUUACCUUAGUAUGAGUUCCAAGAAGAGUUAUGCCAAUAAAGUUCAGGAUUUGGUUAGCUUAUAGGCUUAAAGAAAAUAUGAACCUAAAAACAUAGCAAAGUUACAAAACUAAUGUCUGCGUUGUCUUUUAAGUAACUGGAAUAAAAAGAAACUAACUGAGGGAAUUUAAAGAAAAGCUUUUACUCUAAUAAGAAUGAUUUUCAACUGCAAUUUAAGGAGAUGCUGAAGAGGGCGAAAAAAUAAACAGCGGCGAUAAUUUCGGAUAUUCAUUAUGCGGCAUAAAAGACCGGGAAUGGAUCGAAACAUCGAGAAAACAACCAAUUAAAAUUAAACCAUUACCAUAUAAAAAGCCAUUUUACAAGCCGUUCUAUAUAAAAUCAAGAUAUAAUGUGCGAUUUACAUAAUGAUUCAUGGAUGAACUGUAAUCGCAUUGCAUAACAACACCCAUAAAAUCAGUUUGUAAUAAAUAGGUGUUGUUUUAGGGCUAGCCAAUAGAUUGCCUUGAGCAAGUCCAAAGUAUCCAAUAACAUAGUUUGACAUUUUUACAGGUGGAAAAUUAAAAACUUUCAAAUUACAGCAUUGACUUUUGA